ACCGAAUCUAGGGAUUACAACUAUAUAUAUAAGAACUCGCCAAGUUUUUAAUCAUAUCAACCCAGCUUUGCAAUCACAGAUUCUUGGGUGCCCGAGAGCAGAGCAAAAACAUGAUGAAAAGAAGAGGAAGGAGCUUGGUAGCAUAAGGAAGGAGCAUUGGAGACAAGAGGAAGUUUCAUGGAGGACAAAGAUGUGUGAAAAAUCGGAUAUGAUUCGAACCGGAGAUCAUAAGAGAUCAAAUAAAACAAGUGAACAUGGGAAAAUCAGAUUAUGUCUUAGACCCAACCACUUCACUUCUCCUAUAAAAAAACUUCUUUCCUUCCCAUUUUAGAGACCAAUUUAAUCCCCUCUUUCAUAUACACUUUAUUCUUAUAAUUUAGGUAAUCUUUCCAUCUUGGUUUUGCUACUUUGAAUCUUAAUGAAUUGUAAGUUGUGAGUUAUUUUCUUUAAUCUUCUUCCUUGAA